GUCACAUGGCCGUCUCUCCAGCUGGGUGCCUCCGAGCGCGCCUGCCGGCUGGGGGGGGGCGAGGGCGGCCUCCGGUGAAUCCCGACCGGCCGCCCUCUCCGCGUUCCGUGGCGCGGGCGUGCUGCGCCGCGGCGGCCUGGCUCUCUGCGCCCUGGCGGAGGUUGUUGUGCGCGUCUCCCUUCCGCGCCGGGAAUCCAGGCCGGGGGCUGCCUGCAGCCGCGUACGUGAGGCAGCCUGUGCCGGGGACAGCCGAGGGGAGGGGACUGGAGGAGAGGGCGGAGGGAGCGAGCGAGCGACGGAGCUGGAAGGGGAAUUUCAAAACAAGCGUCGGGAGGGAAGGAGCCAGCGGGCAGGCGGAGCUGGCGAGCGUAUCCAAGAUGGCGAGUGUCCUGUCCCGGAGGCUGGGGAAACGGUCCUUGCUGGGCGCCCGCAUUUCUGCUCCCCAAUUGCUGGGGGAUGGGGUGCUUAUGACAGCACCCCCUCCACCUCCCUUGCAGCCAGAGUACAGCAAAGGUUCUCCUCAGUUGGCUUCGUAUGAGGAGGGCCACUUCAAGGAGCAAGCCGAAGACUCUGGCAGUCGGAACCAAAACUGGCCGGCGCUGCAACCAGGCCAAAAGGUUUACGUCACCUACAAUGGGCAGGAGAACGCCGGUCUGGUGGAGCAUCAUGACCUCGUCAAUAAUGAAGUGAAGGUCUUGCUGCUAGAGCAGGGCUUUUACAUCUGCCGAAAAGCCGAGGAAGUGAGGCUGGCGAACAUCCGGGGGUCGCCCCUCCCAGCUCUGGAGAUGGACUGUGGGACUCCCACGACGAUGGAUUACAGCACGGUCCCGGCGACAAUGGAACACUGUCCAACCGCGGUGGUGGCUGUCGCGGCAGCACCUGGUCCAAGAUCAGUCUCUAGGAAUAUCGAUGUACCAAAAAGGAAAUCAGAUGCUGCUGUGGAGAUGGAUGAGAUGAUGGCAGCGAUGGUCUUGACCAGCUUAUCCUGUAGCCCUGUGGUGCAGAGUCCCCCCAAUGGUGACGCCAGCAUCCCAGGCUCUGCCAUCCAUCCAGAUCCCUGUCUCCCCACACAUCUUCACCAGUAUCAGCUGGGCUGCUGCAACAACCUCUAUCCCCACCCUUUCGCCGGUGAGUCUGGCUUUUUGGUGUCUGCAAAGGUGGGGGUCUUGAGCAGCACUGAGGGCCGUUUAUGGGGGCUGGUCCGAAGCCGGUCCUUGAGUUUCGGCGAGCAGCAGCUCCCACCGCCACCACCACCGCUACCGGCACCUGUCCUGAAAUCCCACCUGAUCGUCACAUCUCCUCCUAGAGCUCCUAGCGGCACUAGGAAAGUCCGUGGCGAAGCCAAGAAGUGCCGCAAAGUGUAUGGCAUUGAGCACCGGGACCAGUGGUGCACAGCUUGCCGGUGGAAAAAAGCAUGCCAGAGGUUUCUGGACUGA